AAUAAAUCGGUUGCUUUCUUUCCUUCGUCUCCUUCACUUCAACAAGAACCCUGGAGGAUCAUCACUCCCAAUCUUUUCAGGAUAGAAGGGACUAAAUGCAUACGGAACUUCCCCCCAGGGAAGACUAUAUAAGUGACCUCCCUCAAAGUAUUAUCGAAAUUAUACUCACAAAGGUACCUUUAAGAGAUGUUGUAAGGACGAGUAUAUUAUCUACCAAGUGGAGGUACAAAUGGGCUACCCUUACACAACUUGAGUUUGAUGAUAAAUGUGUAUCGGGUACUCAUGAUAGGACAAUUGCAGAGACCAAUCUUGUAAAUUUUAUCACUCGGUUCCUUUUUCUUCAUGAUGGUCCUAUUAAUAGAUUUUCUCUAUCUACUGCUUAUUUGCAAAGCUCCCCUGAUGUCGAUCAAUGGCUACUAUUUUUAUCAAGAAAAAAUGUCAUAGAAUUGGUUCUUGAGUUGGGUGAAGGUGAGUGGUUUAGAGCACCUUCGAGUCUUUUUUGGUGUAAAAAAUUGGUUCGCUUGGAGCUUGUGAGAUGUGAAUUAGACCCUCCUUUAUCUUUUGAAGGAUUUUUAAAUUUGAAAUAUCUUAAUCUUCAGCAAGUUCUUAUAGCUCCUGAUGCUAUUGAAAAUCUUAUCUAUAGUUGCCCGCUUCUUGAAAGUUUGACUUUGUCAUACUUUGAUAGUUUAGAACUUACUAUUCGUGCCCCAAAUCUUAAGUAUUUAAUUUUAGAAGGUGAAUUCAAAGAUAUAUGUCUCGAGAAUACUCCUAUGUUAGUUGCUCUAUCGGUUGCUAUGUAUAUGACCGAUGAUAUUGCUGAACAUUUCGGGCAAAGUUCAAGUUGCAAUUUUGAUAAGUUUCUUGGUGGUGUGCCAUCCCUUCAGAGGCUUAUUGGCCAUAUUUACUUUACCAAGUAUAUGAGUAUAGGUAACACCCUAGGGAAGACGCAGAUGACGUAUACGCAGCUAAAGGUGAUUGAGCUAUACCAAGUUAGCUUUGAGGACAUGAAAGAAAUAAUGGUGGUUCUUCGUUUGAUCUUGAAUGCCCCAAAUCUUGAAGAACUUCAAAUAUCUGGUUCGUCCAAUUCAUCAUCUGCAACUGAAGCUCCAGAUUUGCAUUUCUGGGAAAAGGAAUGCCCAUGUGACUGCACAUUUGAACGGCUUAAGAUAGUUAAGAUGACGGAUAUGUCAGGAGUUCCACACGAAAUGGCAUUCAUAGAGUUGUUGCUUGGAAAUUCACCAGUUCUUGAGAUAAUGAGCAUCACCCCAAGUGUGUACGUGACCGAGGGAAGAUUAAACCUGCUGAUCGAGUUACUGAGGUUUAAACGAGCAUCAGCAGAAGCUGAGAUAAUAUUUGUUCAAGAUCAGGUGUAACUGUGUAAUAAUGUUACAUUAAUAUGAAUUUCUUGUAUCUCAUUUAUAUAUAUGAUGUUUACUUCAUAUAUAUCUAUAUUACAACAGUCGAUUUGGUUCUCAA